AUGGAUAAGAAGCAAAAGGCUAAUUCAGGCAGGAAACCCAAUAUAUUCGGAAGUCUUUCUGGGUUUUUCUGCUAAUGCUCUGGCGAAGAAAGAAUUACAAUAGUAGACGAAAGCGAAUAUUAGAUGAAGGCAAGAGCUUUAUCAAGUGAUAUUUCAACUUCGACUGCUUCACAAUUAUUUAGAGAAAUGGAAGAGGAACUUUUGGUGAAGAGGGACCCUUAUGACUAUACUCCAUGUCUGAUAGCUAAACCAAACCAUUGGCAUCCAGUGAGCGAAUACGAAAUUUCUCAAGACAAAAAAAACAUGAACAUUUAUAGCUGGGGUAGAUACCAUGCUUUCCUGGGAUAAGGAAAAAACAUUGGAUAAAAAGCAAUAGGCUUUUUUGAACCUUCAAUAAAUUUAGAAUCUGAAAAGCCUAUCACUCUUAGCUUUAGAUUUAACCAAUUCUCUAAAGUUAGUGGAGUAGGAAUAAGCUAUGAAAGCUUAACUGAAGGUAUUAGCUAUAAUAUUGGUACAGUAAAUAAAAGAAGGAAUUAAUGGAUUUAAGCUAAUAUGCUUAACCCAGAAAAUGAACAUCCUAAUUAAUAGAAAAUCAACAAUUUGAACUUAAGACAUGGAGGUUUCUAUAUAAUAAAUGAAAUAGGCUAAGAUAAAAGUACUUUCAUCUGUAAUGAUCGUAUUGAGUUUGUUCCUAUAACAUGGAAGGAAAAAGAUCAUAUUAUUAUGGCAUUUAAUCCUAAAAAAAAUAGCUUAAAUAUUUAGGUGAUAAAUCAUUAAAAUUUUGAAUGCAAAUCUUUCGAUUUAUAGGUGGACAUCUAAUCGAUGCUUUAGCAAGAAGAAAAAUAAAAAGACCAACCAGUUCAUUUUUCUUUUAUCUUGGACUAACUGGGAGAUGCUUUAGAGCUUCUUGGAGACCCAGAGGCUAAUCAUGUUAAAUAAAAAACCCCUCCAUAAACUAAGCCAAUAAACUACUACGAUUUAAGUCAAAAAUACUAUCUAGAUUAGGGCUGCUGUUCAACAAGGAUUAAAUUUGAAAAUAAGUCAAUGGAUUGUGUACUACUUUAUUCAGAUAAUUACUACUUAUUUAAUCACUGCUAUGAGGAAGAAAAAAAUUGUUAUAUGUUUGCAUAUUUUAAGCCUUGUAUACCAUUUCCUAGUGAAAAAUUAUAUAUUAAAAGAGUUGCAUUCUUGAUUGAAAACCUUGGAGUAGGAGAACUUUUCUUAGGAAUAACUCGUGAAGCUUAUGCUAUACACAACGCUGAUAUUGACACUCCAAAGCCUGAAGAAGAUUGGCUUGGACGUAGAGUGCUAUUCAGAAGUUCUGGCAAAGAGCUAGGACCUCCUUAGAAUCCUAUUAUAAAAUAUAGUAACUCAUUUUCAAAUGGAUAAUUAGUUAUAAUUGAAUAUAAUCCCUUUACUGAUUGCUUGACAAUGAUCAAUUAAUAAAAUGUAAAGAGUGUGAUAAAUAAUCUUUAUGCAGAUUUUACAGAAAAAGAAUUUUAAGAUAAGCAAAACAGAUACUGCUUUUGUGUUGGAGGAGCUAGCAAUUUCAGAGUUUGCCUUUACAAUGAUUACUUUGAUGAUAUCGAAGAAAGUUUAAAAUAAUGA